GAUAUUUCAGAGAAAACCUUCUGUACCAAAAAGAUUGGUUAUUCCCUUUAUAUUGAGAGAUUACAUGUACGAGACCAGUAAAGUUAGUGUUCAACACGAAACACCAUUGAUGGCAUUUGUCGUAUUUAUGUUGCUUCUCGUUUCUGGUGAGGCCACAGCAAAAAAUUGCAUUUCACUGGCAGAACAUUGUGCUGGGGCUGUAAACGGCAGGAUCCGGAAAGAAAAAUACUGCACCAACAAGGAAACAUUCGUAGCAUGUGUUGAAGCAAAAUCCCAAAAUUGUGAAAACUUCUUGAAGUUCUUUAUGAAGACGUGUAAAGUAAUGAAAGUUCAGAAAAGGAGCCCAUCCGCUUUUCACCAGUUACCAGACGUAGUUCCCCACAGACAUACGGAGAAAUGCAAAAGAUCAGUAGAUUCCGGGGAUCCAAACGCGAAUGAAGUGCAGAAAAGGAGUCCCCAUCUACACAGCAUACACGAAGUAAAAUCUUAUAAAAAGGGUUCCUGCAAUGGAUCUACAGAUCUGAGAGAGAUGCUGACCGAUGCCCUAUUUCUUGCCCAAGCUCUCUUUACAAUCAUGAUACUUAUAUAAAUAAAUAUUGUCCUACAAAUGUUA